AAUCGAAUAUUGAGGAUUGCAUCAUUUCAUUGUCCAUCAUACCUUUUUUGCCGUGUAUAUAAGAAUUAAUUUAACAAAAUGCCUUCGGAAGCAGAAGCUGGACUACAGCCAAACGAAGAUCGACCCAGGAUUUUGUAUGUCAGUCCUGGAUUAAAUUUAUCCUGGCCAGAGAAGGAUCGAAAUAUUAGUUACCAUAUACCUUCGGGUACUUGGUGGCCAUGGUGUGACUAUUGGAAGGAGCCCCAGCACAUCCUCUACCAAUUGGCAAAUGUCUGUUUUGUCCUUGCCUAUUCCUCAACUUGUUCCAAAAAAGGUGUACUUUUUAUGCAUUGUUGGUUAAUUUUGGGCUUGAUGCUGUUUUCAACUUGGGCCUGGAAUAUAAUAUGCGCCCCAGACGUUUUCACGUGGAAUUUUGCCUUUAUGCUAAUGAACAUGGCGCAAGUUUUUCAUAUUUUGUAUCAGCUACGACCUGUGAAAUUCGAUCCGGAACUUGAGGAAGUUUAUCAUACACUUUUUGAACCAUUUAAAUUAUCUCGUUUGCAAUUCAAAAGAAUGGUAUGUCCGGAUUUUGCCCAGAUUAUGUCUUUACAUGCUGGAGAAGCAUAUGCUGUGCAGAAUUUAACUAGAACUGAUCGAUUGGGACUUCUUUUGUCUGGAAAAGUAAAUGUUUUAUCCGAUAAUCAAUUCCUGCACCCUAUUCUUCCUUGUGAAUUUAUGGAUUCCCCAGAGUUUGAGUCUAGCCGUAACACCAUUGAUGAUAAAUUCAAAGUAGCUAUAGUAGCAGCUAGUUCCUGUAGAUACCUUUACUGGCAAAGGUCAGCUCUUGAAUACCUCUUUGUAAAAGAUACUUACGUAGCUACAGUACUAACUACCCUUAUAGCUAGAGAUAUUACCACAAAACUGUACGCUAUGAAUAAUAAAAUAGUGACUGCCAAAGGGUCGCAUUUAGAUAUACGUUUGCCUAGUAUUACUUCUUCUCUCACUUCUGGCGGUGAGUAUAAGAGCCCUAUUAGAACUAAAAAAGUUAACGGAGUUGUUUGUAACUCGACAGCAGAAGCAUUCUGUAACGACACCAAAAAAAUCAAGCACAAACACUACGAUAAAUUUAAUAAAGAAAAUGGAAAUUCUUCCCAAAACUGCUAUGUCAGCGAAAUGGAGCCCUUAACUGAACUACCCUCUUCCGAUGAUCUUACUUCCAAUGACGUAGAAAGCUGGCUUGAAACGAGCUCCAAAUAUCAUAGCUGUGAACUUGUCGAUACUGAUUAGAAUGCAUUUAAAAUGUUUUAGAUAUUUACGCAGAUUGAUAGAUCUUAGACACAAAAUAAAUUGUGAUGUAAUAAUUGUGAUGUUAUUAGCUUAUGUACAUGAUUUUUAAGACAUUAUAAUUAUUUAUAUUUAUUUGCAUAAAAUUCUUUUUCUUAGUGCACAUUUAGGCGUCUCUUGAUAUAAAAUAUACACGUUACCAUUUUAAUGAAUAUCCUAUGGCAAGGCGAAUCUUUAAAAAAAAGAUCUGCGCAAUUAAAACAAAUUAAGUGACAAAAUAUAGAAUGUAAAAUGAAUAGCUUGGACUCCCCCAUUAUAUUCCUCGACUUUUGGUACUGUGCAACUUGAUUGGUACCAUUUUCUACCCUAUAUUUCCCAGAUAUCAUCCAACCACCGCUUUUGAGGCAUGCCUAGUCCUUUUUUGGUUGAAAAGUAUCUUGGUUACUUGGUCAGGAAUACUCAUCAUCAAGACAUCCCUAAAAUAGUUGGUGGAAACAGCCAUAAGUAAGAUACUCUAUCCUAAGACUUUUUUGGCAAAAAUAUCUAUUAUCUUCGUUACUUUCUAGAAGGAACUGUUCAGACUACAGGGUGCCCCAUUUUGGUUGUAGGUACAUGAAGCUUCAAGCAUCCCACGACGCGUGGCUUAGCGAGCCUAGCUCGCGACUUUGCCAGCCACGCGCCGUGGGAGUUGGCAUGCUCACCAUAUUUUGCGCGGCCUGAACUUUCUUGCUUCUUGUCGCUAAAUUUGACACGAGUCAGAGGAACUCGAGCCUGUUCAGGCUUGGCUCAUAUACUUUUAACAACGAUUCCAACGAUCCACAGUUUGUAGGAAGCAAAAUGGAGAAGAGACUUGCAGAAAAGAUAAAAGGUUAAUAGUUUGAAGAAACUAGAUGAAAAAGAAAAUCUUUCAAUUAAUAUUGUGGAUGGUAUUGAGUAUUUUAUUUUUUAAAAAAAGCUAUCAGGAGUUGUUUUUUUACAUAAGUUUAAUAAGUAUUUACCUCAUAGUCAAUUUACUUACACAAUAAUUUUUCAAUACAAAAAUUUCAUUCGAUAAUAUACCUACUCUUAUUAAUUAUCGUAAAAAUGAAGGAACUUCUGUUCCAAUUUUCUGCUGAAUUAAUUUCCCAUAUCCGCCUCUUCCUGCAUCAUAAUCUGUCCUGUACUCGUCCCUAACUUGACCGCCAGUUUUACCUCGUCCAUACUGACGGCCUUCAAUAAAGCCCGCAUCCCAAUCAGUCCUCACUAUCCUAUCGUCCAGUCUGGUACCGUUAAUGUACCGCAAACAAUUUUCUGCGUCCUCACGAAUGUAGUACUCGACAAAGCAGAACCCGCACGGGGUUUUCUUGUACUUGUCCAGGCCCAUAAUGAUUCGACGGAUUUCGCCGCAUUUUGAAAAUAGUUCGUAUAUUUGUUCUUCAGUGGUGUAGAAUGAUAGAUUGCCUACGUAGAGGGUACAUGAGAGGCGUAGAAGUUUGUCUUGUUCUGCUCGGGUGCCC